AUGACUUACUAUCAAAUGUACAGGAACACCACGCUGGGGGAAGCCUUGCAAAAAACGCUUGACGACCUUGUUCAAGAGCAGAUGAUUCCGCAACAGCUUGCCGAAAAGGUGCUUGUUAUUUACGACAAAGCCAUCAACAAAGCUCUAGCUCAAAAAGCCAAGAACAAGAUGUACUUCAAGGCUGAAAAACUGAGAGCAUAUCGACACUGCGACAACGGUAAAAUUCGUCGCAUGUGA